UGUUGCGAAAGGGAAAAGAGCAGUACGUCUCUCCCACUGGCAGGGAGUCUUAAGGGCUUGUGAUUAAUUACUCUGGAGUGAAAAAGUUGUCAGCUCUUUGUGUAUGCAAUAAAUUAGAGGCUCCUCAGGUGAGCGCUACGUACGUGGACAUCCCCACUGCGCACCUUCUUCCACAACCGCGCCUCUUUAUAAAGAUUAUCCGGACUUGGAGCGGCACGACAACUUUUCUCCAUCUCGUAUUGGAGCAGCAGUGGAGUCUGGUGCACUAUAGAUUCUCUUCGCAUUGCCUUGAUGUCGUUACUCAAGACAAAGCUUUUGGGUAAAUUUGAAGGUUAAUAAGUGCUCCCUAUGGUUGGAAGACAGACGAUCCGCAUGGAUAGUGGAAAUGGCCCAGUGACAGUUAUGGAUGAGAGUCCCACAUCUAGCCCCAGCCCCAGUCCUGACAUGCUGACCACCGACAGUCGGCGUCCAGAGGCCCUGCAGCUCUCCAGGGUGGUCCAGGCCGGUGGGCUCUGUGGCAGAGGACGGCCGGCAGCUACCAACGCAGCGCGGGAGAGGAGUCGAGUGCAGACCCUGAGAAGCGCGUUCCUUGAGUUACAGAGGACUCUGCCGUCGGUGCCACCGGACACCAAACUGUCCAAGCUCGACGUGUUGAUUUUGGCCACCACGUACAUUGCCCAUCUGACUCAGACCUUGCAAGAGGAAGGGAUGGAUGAGGGAGAUAGCACUAGACAAACAGAGGCCUUACGCUCGCUGAAAGGUGAUGGUUACCUGCACCCUGUGAAAAAGUGGCCGAUGCGAUCCAGGUUAUACGUCGGAGCCAGCGGUCAGUUUCUGAACAAUUCAAAACAGACAGAAAAUCGAGGUGAAUCAUCGUCAACCUCAAGGACAUAAAUAUUUCCAUUGCAUAAGGAACUUCUCAUUCAGACGACCAUUAAUUAUGAAGACUCUUUCAGCAGAAUCCACCCAUGAGGACUUUUGAAAUGAAUAGCAGACCGUGGUUCGUCGCCUGACAUUAUACUUUUUAUUCAUCAAACAAUUGAAGUAUCUGCUUUUGAUGUUUCAUAUCAUGUAAAGGGGGCAGUCACGAGACAGUCAACUCUUUCAAUUGUAGGAAACACAUUGUAAAUUAAUAUAUUAUGGGAUUUAUGUAUAUAACAUUUGAGAAAGCCUAAAUAGUGUUUCUCUGUUGUUAUUUUGGCCGUGCUCUGCUCUGUUUUCUGCAGUUAUGUACUUGUUGGAGGUAUUACCGUGUAUACUUUUAUUUUAAAUUCCAUGUGUUGGGUAAUGAUCUUUCGGGCAUGACUUGUUGGCUAUGCACUUUCAGUUAAAACAUUUGCACUAAAUGCAUGUGUGAAUAACUUAACAUCUGUCAUGUGAAGUGGUCUGUCAAUCUCAACAAUGGUAGGAGCCUCUUCAUCUCCCCUUCUUUCUUACGGAAAUGGUUGUAAAUGUGUUUGUUGAUAAUGUCUUGAGAAAUAAAAAUAACGACAUGUC